GUGUUCAGGGAGUUCAACAACAGUCAGUUAUCCACAGGCCAUUCCAUUAUGGGUUUCUUUGCGCUGAACCACAUCACAAAUGUGUUUGGUAUCUCUGGACUCCUCCAAGUGCUCUCCUUGCUUGGUCUGCUGCUGCUGCUCUCCAAAGCUGCCCAAUACUACCUACACAGACAAUGGCUCCUCAAGUGUCUCCAGCAGUUCCCAUCCACGCCUUCCCACUGGCUUUUUGGGAAUCUCCUAAAGGACCAGGAACUCCAGCAGACACUUUUAUGGGUAGAGAAAUUCCCAACCACCUGUUUAAAGUGGUUUUGGGGGAACAAAGCAAGUGUCGUGAUCUACGACCCUGACUACAUGAAGCUGAUACUGGGGAGAUCAGAUCCAAAGCCUGUAAAAUCAUAUGGUUUCUUUGCUCCCUGGAUUGGCUAUGGGUUGCUCCUGUUGGAAGGGAAGAAGUGGUUCCAACACCGGCGGAUGUUAACUCCAGCAUUCCACUACGAUAUCCUUAAACCUUAUGUGGGAAUCAUGGCAGACUCUGUCCGUGUGAUGCUAGACAAGUGGGAACAGCUUGCUGACCAGGACUGCCCUCUGGAGAUUUAUCAACACGUCUGCUUAAUGACCAUGGAGAUAAUCAUGAAAUGUGCGUUCAGUUACCAGGGCAGUGUCCAGCAGAAUGACUGCGAAAAUUUCAGAUCCUACGUUCAGGCGGUUGAAGAGCUGACUCGUGGGGUUCACUCAAGAGUGAGGACUGCCUUUCACCAGAGUAAUAUCAUCUACAAUCUGUCCUCCAGUGGCCGCGCAUUCCACCGUGCCUGUUGGGUUGCCCAUGAACACACAGACAGAAUGAUUAGUAUGAGGAAGACUCAGCUGGAGAAUGAGGGAGAGCUGGAGAAGGUGAAGAAGAAGAGGCACUUGGAUUUCUUGGAUAUCCUCUUGCUUUCCAAAAUGCAGGAUGGGAAGAGCUUGUCUGAUGAGGACCUGCGUGCAGAAGUGGAUACAUUCAUGUUCGAGGGCCAUGACACCACAGCCAGUGGAAUAUCCUGGAUUUUCUAUGCUCUGGCCACACACCCUGAGCACCAACAGAGAUGCAGGGAGGAGGUGCAGAGCAUUCUGGGUGAUGGAACCUCUGUCACUUGGGACCACCUGGACAAGAUGCCCUACACCACCAUGUGCAUCAAGGAGGCCAUGAGGCUCUACCCACCUGUACCAGCAAUAGCCAGAGAGCUCAGCACACCUAUCACCUUCCCAGAUGGACGCUCUUUACCCAAAGGUUUCACGGUUAGUCUCUCCUUCUAUGGCCUUCACCAUAACCCAAGAUUGUGGCCAAACCCAGAGAUCUUUGACCCUUCUAGAUUUGCACCAAAUGCUGCCCGUCACAGCCAUGCCUUCCUGCCCUUCUCAGGAGGAGCAAGAAACUGCAUCGGGAAACAGUUUGCCAUGAAUGAAUUGAAGGUCGCCGUGGCCCUGACCCUGCUCCGCUUUGAGUUGCUGUCAGAUCCCACCAAAGUUCCAGUCCUCGUGCAAAGAACUGUGCUAAAGUCCAAGAAUGGGAUCUAUCUUCGUCUCAAGAAGCUAAAAUAACACCAGUGGAGAAAAGCACAGCCUUGGAGGCCUUUUGCCUGCAGUACUUUCUGUCUAUCUCCUGCUUUGUUCCUGGUUAUCUAUACUUAUUUUGCUUACUUUCUGGCCCCCAUCCCCUUCUCCUAUGCUGACUAUAAUGUCUCCUGUCAUCCCGCCUUUCUGUCCUUUCUCUAACUCUCCCCAGACUCCUUACAAGAUUGUGUGUGUACCUGUUCCCACCUGGUUAUGUCUCUGAUUCACCACACAACCCCUGAACACCUGCCUGUCCUCAGUGUACCCUUUAUAACCAUUGCUCCCAUGGAUAAAUGGAUACAUUAAAAGAAGACACCUGUGUCCCUCCU